AUGUCAGGCUUCGGCGACUUCACCAACAUCUGCCAUAUGGCGCCGCUGCCAUUGUGCGCAUCCAUCGGCCCCAUUACGGAGGUGACGAGCGGCGUUGGUAUUGAGCCGGACUGCUAUGCGAGGAAUAUCGAGCUGGCAAACACCAUCAUUUUCGAGGGUGCCGCCAGCGCCAUGCAUAUUGUGUCUUUGCUCAUGACCGUCGUCAUGAUCUUGCACAUUCGUGGCAAGUUCACUGCUGUCGGUCGCAAGGAAAUCCUCAUGUUCUUCUACAUCUACAUGCUUCUGAGUUUCAUCUCACUUUGCGUCGACGCAGGUGUCGUUCCCCCUGGAUCCGCCCCCUACCCGUACUUCGUGUCAGUUCAAAACGGCUUGUCAUCGGCUCUGAUUACUUGCCUGUUGAUCAACGGAUUUGUCGGCUUCCAGUUGUACGAGGACGGCACUUUCCUCUCAGUCUGGCUCUUGCGCGUCUGCUCUCUGGUGGCCUUUGCGAUAUGCUUCCUCGUCUCCCUUGCGACCUUCAAGUCAUGGGCUGGCCUGGGUCCCACCAACACCGUCGGCCUAUUCGUCGUCCUGUACUUGCUCAACGCCAUCGAGCUCUUCGUCUACGUUGCCCUGCAAAUCCUCCUCGUCGUUAGGACUCUCCAGGACCGCUGGCCGCUGGGUGACAUCGCCUUUGGCAUAUUCUUCUUCGUCGUUGGCCAAGUGAUCCUGUACGCCGUGAGCACUCAGAUUUGCACCGCCGUCAGCCACUACCUCGACGGCCUUUUCUUCGCCACUAUCUGCAACCUGCUGGGUGUCAUGAUGGUGUACAAGUACUGGGACUCAAUUACCCGCGAGGAUCUCGAGUUCUCAGUUGGAACUAGGAUGAACAACUGGGAGGUCAAGGAGCUGCUGCCAGAGGAGGAUCGUCGAGCGACUGUUUAUGACAACGACCCCUACAACCACGCUGGUGGAUACGAUCACUCCUACUCGCCCUCUCCAGCACCGGCACGCUACUCCGCAAGGUACUAA